AUGGCAACAGAAAUAAAGAAAGUUAAGUUAACUUCUUCAGAAGGAACGGAAUUCAUAAUCGAUCGAAAAGUAGCGGAAAAAUCUGUUCUAUUGAAGAAUAUGUUGGAAGAUGUUGGCGAAAGUGAUAUGGCGAUACCUUUACCAAACGUUACCGGACCUAUUCUCAAUAAAGUUAUUGAUUACUGCACACAUCAUCAAGAUGAUCCGUUCGUAAGUCAAGAAGAUGAUAGUAAGAAAGUGAGCGAUGAUAUUGACGAUUGGGACGCAGAAUUCUGCAAGGUAGAUCAAGGAACAUUGUUCGAAUUAAUUCUGACUUUUAAUAUCAUAAAUGACUUUACACCAGAAGAGGAAGAACAUGUUCGUAAAGAGAACGAAUGGUGUGAAGAACGAUGA